AUGCCUUGGCACGAUGGAAUGUUAUUUCGGAAUCUCAAAGGAUAUUCAAGAAUACAAUGUAUAGAAGAAUCAUGCAGAAUUUCUAACUGCGAUACUUGUUCAUUAAAUACAUGUGAUAAAUGCAAAUCUGGAUAUUUCUUAUAUACUGGACAAUGUUAUUCAACAUGUCCAUCUGCCACAUAUAGAUCUGGAUCAAAUUGUUACCAAUGUCGAAUUUCUAAUUGUAAUUCAUGUUCUGAAAGUAGAUGUGAUAGCUGCAGAUCUGGAUAUUUCUUAUACAAUAACCAAUGCAUCACAAAUUGCCCAAGGGGAACUUACGCAUCAGGAUCAAAAUGUCUCUCAUGCAGCACUGGUUGCAAUUCAUGUUCAUCGUCAAGCUAUUGCUUUCAAUGCAACAGCGGUUAUUCAAUGUAUGAUAGAAAGUGUUAUAUCAAUUGUCCUUCAGGAACUUUCAAAUCAGGUUCAUCAUGCCAACAUUGUGGUUCAAAUUGUCAAACAUGUUCUUCUUCUACUACAUGCUCAAGAUGCAAUUCUAACUAUAAAUUAUUCAAUGGAAGAUGCUACGGUUCCUGCCCUUCUGGUACUUAUCAAUCUGGAACCAAUUGCUAUUCCUGUCAUAGUAAUUGUAACUUAUGCAAGGAUUCAAAUAUCUGCACACAAUGCAAGAUGAAUUAUAAAUUCUAUUAA